CUCAGUCUGCCCGUCGGCUCGCUCUGGCGCCGCGUCUGUCCGUCGAUCGAUCCGCGGACGCCCGCCCCACGCUCGGCGGGUGGGCUCUCGGCCCCUGGAUCUCGCGGGGCGCAGACUGCAUGGCUCCUCUCUGCCUCAAUUGCUCCACCCUCCCUGGAGACAGGUCCCUGGGUACAAGGAUCCCAGUGCCCUGCAAUGGCAGCAGGGCCCUGGGGCCCUUUGACCCCCAGGACUUGAACCUGACUGAUGAGGAGCUCAGACUCAAGUACCUGGGGCCCCAGCAGACGGAGCUGUUCGUGCCCAUCUGUGUCACGUACCUGUUGAUCUUCGUGGUGGGCACCGUGGGCAACGCACUGACCUGCAUGGUCAUCCUGCGCCACAGGGCCAUGCGCACGCCCACCAACUACUACCUCUUCAGCCUGGCCGUGUCGGACCUGCUGGUGCUGCUUCUAGGUCUGCCCCUGGAGCUCUACGAGAUGUGGCGCAACUACCCUUUCCUGCUGGGCCCCGGUGGCUGCUACUUCCGCACGCUGCUCUUCGAGACUGUCUGCUUGGCCUCGGUGCUCAACGUCACUGCCCUGAGCAUAGGGCGCUACGUGGCCGUGGUGCACCCACUGCACGUCAGGUCCGUAGUGACUCAUGCCCACGUGCGCCGCGUGCUCGGGGCCAUCUGGGGCCUCGCCCUGCUCUGCUCUCUGCCCAACACCAGCCUGCACGGCAUUCGGCAGCUGGACGUGCCCUGCCGGGGCACGGUGCCCGACUCGGCCGUGUGCACCUUGGUCCACCAGAGAGCCCUCUACAACCUGGUCGUGCAGGUCACCGCGCUGCUCUUCUUCUGCCUGCCCAUGGCCACCAUCAGCGUGCUCUACCUGCUCAUCGGGCUGCGGCUGCGGCGUGACCGGCUGCUGAUCCGCAGGCAGGAGGCCAAGGGCAGGGCCAGGACUAGCAACGGCCGCAGGCUCCAGCUGCUGCAGGAUAGGGGUCGGACACAGGUGACCAAGAUGUUGUUUGUCCUGGUCGUGGUGUUUGGGAUCUGCUGGGCCCCGUUCCACAUCGACCGCCUCAUGUGGAGCCUCGUGUCCCACUGGACCGAGGGCCUGCACCUGGCCUUCCAGUACGUGCACGUCAUCUCCGGCGUCUUCUUCUACUUUAGCUCGGCCGCCAACCCUGUGCUCUACAGCCUCAUGUCCAGCCGCUUCCAGGACACCUUCCGGAAGGCCCUGUGCCUGGGGGACCGGUGCCGCCGCCACAGAUCCCGCCGCAGCUCUCACAGCCUCAGCAGGGUGACCACGGGCAGCACCCUGUAUGACAUGGGCUCCCCCCGCAGCAGGGCCCAGCCCCUGGCUGAGAAUGAUGGCCCAGAGGGGUGGCAAGAGACGGACCCCUCCCGAGAGGAGCCUCAGGCAGCUUCACCCUGA